CCACAACUUGCUUAUACCCACAUGAGCUCUUCCUUGUACAUCAGAACUCUUGUAUAAGUUCAGACAGAAAGACAGAGAGUGGAAUACUUUGAGGAUUCUUUGGCAACUUAGAGGUGAGAAGGAUGACCAGCUCAGAGGCAAUGACUACUCCUGCGUUCAACUUCAACUCAAGCAAUUCUACAACCAAUGGGUCGUUGUGUAACAACACAAGUGCCCAAGUACUGGCCUACCCCUUCUUCAUCUUUGGCUAUGCGCUGGUGUUCCUGAUAAGCCUCGUGCUGAACGGAUUUACCCUGAAAGUCUACUUCUGCCGCUCUCAACGCAACACCACCACAGUCACCAUUUACCUUCAAAAUCUGGUCAUAUCUGACCUAUUUCUCAGCCUGUGUCUGCCUCUGCGUAUAGCCAACUACGUUGUGGCGACGCCUGCCAUGCGUCAAAUCUACUGCAGUUUUGGAGCCUCGGCCUUCUAUCUGAACAUGUAUGCCAGCAUCAUCUUCAUGGAGUACAUUGCUGCCAACAGGUACCUGAAGAUUGUCCGGCCACUGGAGAACAACAUCUUACAAACACCACGCGCUGCACGAAUCAUCUCCAUAGUAACCUGGACCUUCCUGGGAGGAGCGGCCCUCUUGUACAUGGUGAUCUCCCUCAUCUCCUCCAGGGACAACAUCACCUUCUCUCCCCACAGCGUUGGCUGUGAGUCCCUGCACAGCCAGAGGGUCAGCCAGCUCUACAAGGCCGUGCACACCACAUCGGCGGCCAUUUUCUUUUUCGUGCUGGUCUCCCUGGUGUUCCUGUACCACGGCACCACGCGGCGGCUGAGGCAGGCCCAGAAGUCCCCGCAGUCCAAGAGCGGCUGCCGGAAGCUGGCCAAGGCCAAGCGGAACAUGCUGAUCCUGGUGAGCAUGUUCUGCGUGUGCUUCGUGCCGUACCACCUGGUGCGGCUGCCCUACGCCUUCCUGAAGCAGAAGCUGACGUGCUUCACCUGGGCCCACGCCUUCUUCACGCUCAAAGAGGCCACGGUGUUGCUGUCCGUCUGCAACGCCUGUCUGGACCCCUUCAUCUACUUCAUCUUCUGCAAGGCCUUCAGAGCCCAGCUGGGCCUAAAAAAGGAGGCCCAGGGGCCGUCGUCAAGCGUCACCGAGGUGCGCCGGCUCUCCAUGAGAAGAGAGAGCCUGAAGCCGCUAAACGCGGCGACCAUCAUUCAGGCCAUGCAGCCCAACAAGUGAACUUCCUCAAAUGCAUCCUCAUGAGUUCGUCUGAAACGUCAUGUUCACAUACGCUUUUAAAUAUAGAUAUGGAGCUGCUGUGUAUAGUGACUGAGUGUGGAUUGCAAUCAAACUUCAAAACUCCAGAGCCCAAAAGCUGUAAACCACUAUAGUUCUGUCAUGUGUGUUAUGACAACUGUAACUA